AUGGCGAUCAGAAAGAUGUGCGAGGAGUGUGACACGUCGACAGGGUCUGGGUACGUCAACCACCCCAAAUACUGCCAUCUGUUCAUCCACUGCUCCCGAGGGGCCAGCGACAAGCUCAGAGGGGAAGUGAAGGAAUGCACAAGAGGGCUUCUGUGGUCUCAGACAGUCAAACAAUGCGUUUGGCCGAAUGAGUCAGACUGUCCAACAAAUGAACGAUUUGACGAAUCUCAAGGAUUGUGUGUACCAAGCCCUGGUUGUAACGACCCGUGUCUGCCAGGAUCUUCAAAUACUUCCUCCGAGGCACCAGAAUGCAAACGGUAUCCUCACCCCGAAGACAAACACAAAUACAUCUGGCAGACUGGGGGUACUAACGCUACCUUCAACUGCGCCCAGGGUACUGCCUUCUCCGUUGACUCCUGCAGCUGCACCGACCCUGUAGACCUGAGAAAUAUUGAGAAGUGCGAACCCUACAUUUACUUCCCCUUUGAUCACAAUGUCAAGGACAAGCUUGGACGUACUGCUUCCGGUGGCAUUGACUCAUGGAUUCAACGGUCUGAACCAGCUUCUGUAGGUGGUGGAUCUGUAUAUUUCAAUGGCCAUCGACAGGUGAUCGCCUGGGCUCUCAACAACAUGGAGUUCAAAUCCAACUUCACGUUAUACUUUCGCUUUAAGGCAGACUUCAAACAAAGUCAGAAGGGAGAACGCUUUGCCCUAGUUGAUAAUAGUGACUGCGAGAAGGAGGCAACCUUUGGGAUCGCUUUGUUGCGUUCUGGGCCUAAGACAGGGUCUGUUCAUGGAGGCUUCAGGUUGAAGAAUGGACAAGCAGUCACCACCAGUUCGAGAGAAAUUCCCCUGAACAUCUGGCACGAGGUGAUCCUCCUGAAGAACGGACCAGUGACAGAACUGAGGGUUGAUGACGAGGUGUAUCCCAUUGAGGGAAUAGGUCUAGAGGCUGACAUUUCCCGUGUGGACUGUUCCAUGACGAUUGGGAAAGGAACAGGUCUUGUCAACUUCAUCGGCUACAUUGACGAGCUGAAGUUCUACAAGUGUGUUCCUCCUGAGUAUGUCAGCAAGUAA